ACCCGCGCCAUACGGGCGCUCAAGUGAGAGUUUAAGCCGGGCGGUGAGGUAGUAGGGAAGUCAGAACUCAGAAGUGCACACCGCUUUGAAAAUCUGUUCACAAGUUAAGUAAACUUUAUAAACACACGAUCGGGAAAAUGGACGUGAGUGCAGAGGCCAAGCGGAUCAUGGUUCAGGCUUUGGGCAAGCUGUACAGUUCGCGCACCCAGCGGGGCGGACUGAGGCUCCACCGGAACUUGCUGCUCACCUUGGUCAUGAAAUCGGCCAGAGACAUUUACCACAGCGCCCGAAUUGCGUGCGAAAACGAAGCGCAAAACGACAGUCCUGUCCCUGACCCACAGCCUCAGCGGACGGAGGAAGCAAUGGACACCAGCGACGCCGAUGGGGAGAACCGUGUCUCACCUCGGAUUUCCGAAAGCAAAUGUAAAGUGACAUCUGCGAACUGUAAAAAGAGCCAGGAGGACAAAGAGAACAGCGAUCCCGGAAGAUCUGACCGCCACUCCAGAAAGCGGCCGGGCAAGGCGGCAGCCGAGCCCGACUUUCUUCCUACAAAGAAGGCGAGAAUGGAAACGGGCGAGGAGAGGCACAGCGCUCGGCCCGGGGCGCUGAGGACUUCCACGGGGAAUUGCUGUCGAGCUGACGAAACGCUGACUUCUCUGCCAAUGUCCCGGGCAAUUACUGCUUUCUGAACGGGAGGCUAAAGGACCUGGGCGUCGUUCAGAUCACGGGUAACGACUGCCGGCCUUAGCCCGAAGGGGUCAGGAUGCGUCCCGGUUUGCGAGACUGGAAAUGCGGCGUUUCUCCCCCUGCAUACACCAACCAAAGACUCCGCCGGCGAGGCCUGGGAUCGCCCUGGCCGCUCGCUAAACAAGUUGUCAGGCUGGGAGUCGACUGUGAAAAGCUGGGAUUCGUGCGUCAUAGUGCCGUGAGACACGGCUGGCAUCCGAAUGUGAGAUCCCCACCUGCGUGGGAGUGGGGUCACUCAUCCCCAGCCCCGGAUCAGGGGGCAGACCUGCGUCUCACCCACCCGGAAAGCAGGCGAAGACAUGAAUAGACUCGUAUAGCUACACACAUUAAAUGGUGCUGGAUAAAAUGCCCAGAGCGGCGUGUUUACGUGUGUGAGUGUAGGAAGUUGCUGUCGGCACCUUGUGUGAAACGACAGAUUGUACAUAUUUGUUUACAGUCCCGUUACUUCUGGAAGCUGCUUUUAUGUUUUAUACCUCAUGUGAAUAAUAAACAUUUUGUAAAGUA